UCCCGGGAGGUGUGAGUAGCGGGGCGGGGUUUUGCUCUCAGCUAUUUCCUCUUCCGCUCACGCUUUCUUGUCAUUGCAUCAGAGAGCCGGGUGUACGGGCUCCACAAUGGAUCAACUUCCAGAGACAAUCAAUUUCCCGGCUGAGGAGGAGAAGAUCCUGGAACUGUGGAAAUCUCUGGACUGUUUCCAGGAGUGUCUAAAACAAUCCAAGAAUAAACCCAGAUACACCUUCUACGAUGGCCCGCCGUUUGCCACCGGACUUCCACACUACGGCCAUAUUCUGGCCGGCACUAUAAAGGACAUUGUCACAAGGUUUGCUCACCAGAGUGGAUUCUAUGUGGAGAGACGCUUCGGCUGGGACUGUCACGGCCUGCCAGUGGAAUAUGAGAUAGACAAGACCCUGGGCAUCAAAGGGCCCGAAGAUGUUGCUAAGAUGGGGAUCGCCGAGUACAACAAGCAGUGCCGGGGGAUUGUGAUGAGAUACUCUCAGGACUGGGAGAUCAGCGUCACCCGGCUGGGCCGAUGGAUCGACUUUAGGAACGACUACAAGACCUUGUACCCCUGGUUCAUGGAGACCGUAUGGUGGGUCUUCAAGCAGCUGUAUGAAAAGGGAUUUGUGUACCGCGGGGUUAAAGUAAUGCCGUUCUCCACCGCCUGUAACACGCCACUAUCUAACUUCGAAUCGCACCAGAACUACAAGGAUGUCCAGGAUCCCUCUGUCAUUGUCACCUUCCCCUUACUGGAUGAGCCCAAGGUGUCACUGGUAGCUUGGACAACCACGCCGUGGACUCUGCCCAGCAACUUGGCACUGUGCGUCAAUCCAGAACUCAUCUACAUAAAGCUGAGAGAUAAAUCCAAUGGAAAUGUCUAUAUACUGAUGGAAGCCAGAGUGUCUGCGCUGUACAAGGCUGAAGAGGAGUAUGAAGUCCUGGAAAGGUUUCCCGGGAACAAGCUGAAAGGAAAGAAAUAUAAACCCCUGUUUGACUAUUUCUCCAAGGCCGCGGACAGUGGGGCAUUCAUUAUUGUCUUUGACAAUUAUGUCAAAUCAGAAGAAGGCACCGGAGUGGUUCAUCAAGCUCCAUACUUUGGCGCAGAUGAUUAUCGGGUCUGCAUGGACUUCAACAUUAUCCAGAAGGACUCGGUGCCGGUGUGUCCUGUUAAUGCUUCUGGCUGCUUCACUCCGGAGGUCACUGACUUUGCUGGGCAAUAUGUCAAGGACGCCGAUAAGAACAUUAUUAAGCUUCUGAAGGAGCGCGGACGUUUGGUGCAUAGCAGCACAUACAAACACAACUACCCGUUCUGCUGGAGGUCAGACACACCCCUCAUCUAUAAAGCCGUUCCUAGUUGGUUUGUACGAGUGGAGCACAUGGUGGACAAACUCCUGCAAAAUAACAGCCAAUGUUACUGGGUCCCAGAGUUUGUACGGGAGAAGCGUUUUGGGAAUUGGCUGAAGGAUGCCCGGGACUGGGCCAUAUCCAGAAACCGCUACUGGGGUACCCCCCUACCAUUGUGGGUCAGCGAGGACUUUGAAGAGGUUGUAUGUGUGGGCUCAGUGGCAGAGCUGGAAGAGCUGACUGGUGUGAAAGUGACAGACUUACAUCGGGAAAGUGUGGACCAGCUGACCAUUCCGUCUCGUUGUGGGAAAGGCGUCCUGCGACGGGUGACUGAGGUGUUUGAUUGCUGGUUUGAGAGCGGCAGUAUGCCCUACGCUCAGGUGCAUUACCCGUUUGAGAACAGAAGAGAGUUUGAAGAUUCUUUCCCGGCUGACUUCAUAGCAGAGGGCAUUGACCAGACACGUGGGUGGUUCUACACACUUCUUGUACUCUCUACUGCACUGUUUGGUCAGCCACCAUUCAAGAAUGUAAUAGUAAACGGCCUAGUUUUGGCCAGCGAUGGUCAGAAAAUGAGCAAAAGAAAGAAGAAUUACCCCGACCCCAUGGAUGUCAUCAACCGCUACGGAGCGGACGCGCUUAGGUUAUAUCUGAUAAAUUCUCCCGUAGUCCGAGCAGAGAACCUGCGCUUCAAGGAGGAAGGCGUCCGUGAUGUGUUGAAGGAUGUCUUCUUGCCUUGGUAUAACGCUUUCCGCUUCCUAAAGCAGAAUAUUUACCGCCUACAAAAGGAGGAGGGUGUCCACUUCUUAUACAAUGUGAACUCGGCCAGGACAAAUACGAACAUCAUGGAUAAAUGGAUUGUGUCGUUCACUCAGUCUCUUGUGCAGUUCUUUAAGACAGAGAUGUCAGCCUAUCGGCUCUACACUGUGGUGCCCCGACUGGUGAAGUUUGUUGACAUGUUGACAAACUGGUAUGUUCGCAUGAACCGCAGACGCUUGAAGGGUGAAAGCGGCACGGAUGACUGUCUCAUGGCCUUGGAGACUCUGUUCAGUGUUCUUCUAUCCAUGUGUAGACUGAUGGCCCCAUUCACUCCAUUCAUCACUGAGCUGAUAUAUCAGAAGCUGCGACUGCUUAUUGAUCCGACAUCUGUCCAGGAGAAGGACACCCAGAGCAUUCACUACCUCAUGCUGCCACCUGUCAGAGAGAAUUUAAUUGACAAGAGGAUUGAGGCCGCUGUAUCCCGGAUGCAGUCCGUCAUCGAGCUGGGUCGGGUCAUACGGGACAGGAAGACGCUGCCUGUGAAGUAUCCGCUGAAGGAAGUGAUUGUCAUCCACCAGGACCAGGAGGCCCUCUCUGAUAUCCAAUCCCUGGAGAAGUAUAUUGUGGAGGAACUGAAUGUCAGGAAAGUCACCAUAUCUACCGACAAGACCAAGUAUGGAAUUCGCCUCAGAGCGGAACCGGACCACAUGGUACUUGGAAAACGACUAAAAGGAGCAUUUAAGACGGUUAUGGCGGCAAUUAAAGAGUUGAAGAACGACCAGCUGGAACAGUUCCAGAAAACAGGCUCUAUAGUGGUGGAGGGCACCGAGUUACAUGAAGAAGAUGUGCGCCUUCUCUAUACCUUCGAUCAAAGUGCUGGUGGCGACGCUCAGUUUGAGGCUCAUUCGGACGCUCAGGUCCUGGUUCUGUUAGACGUUACUCCCGACCAGUCGAUGGUGGAUGAAGGUGUGGCACGUGAAGUCAUCAACCGCAUCCAGAAGUUGCGGAAGAAGGGAAACUUGGUUCCUACUGAUGAGAUCACCAUCUACUACCAAGCCAGUCCACAAGGCCAGUAUCUCCAGUCUGUCAUCGAGCAACACACAGACUUCAUCUUGGCCACUGUCAAGUCCGCGCUGUUACCGUACCCUGUACCACCUUCAUCUAAUGUUAUUAUAAAGGAGAAGACGCAGCUGAAAGGCUCAGAUCUGGAGAUAACGUUGGUCAGAGGAUCGGCACAAGCUGCUGACGGCCCUUCCUGCGCUUAUGUCAACCUCCACAUAACCGUUAAUGGUACAGAGCAAAGUGGAUUUCUACUACUAGAGAACCCCAAGGGGGAGGCCAUCAGCAGCCUGUCGGAAUUGAAGAGCGCGGUGUGCGGAAUAUUCCAGCUGAAGAGCGCCCGGCUCUCUGUAUACAGCGGGGGCGCAGAACUUCAGAGCGGCUGUAAUCUCCUCGGCCUGAGCGGGAAGACCCUCCAUGUUACUUCAGGGGCCCCUCCAGCUGGCAAUGGGAAUCCCCAUCAGUGUCGCUAUGUCAAUCUGCGGCUGCUGAGCGGCGAUGCACAAGGCGCGCUGCUGCUGGAAAAUCCGCUCGGUCAGAAUGAUUUGAAAUAUCAGAGCCUGUACCACGAGGUGGCCAAGGUGUUUGGGCUGAGGAGCCGACGCUUCCGGCUAUUUCUUAAUGCCGCCAUGACUGAAGAGGUGGUCCCAGGCACAGCGAUAGAAAACCUGAAUAUGAAGACUCUCUACGUCCAUGUCCUUCCAACAACGGCUGAAUGUUAGCGGAUAUCCUUGCCUGAUGCAGAAUCUGACCUGACCGGGACCAGUAUGGGUAGAACUGGACCUCAAACAUCGGACACCCACCGCACGUCCUUCGUGUCCCGCCAUCCAUCUGUGACCACUCUGUUUUCCAGUAGUCAUAUUUAUUUACCAAAGUGGCUGCCAAAGUAUUUUGGGUUGUAUUUUGGUUGCUUAUAUUAAAGGGAUUAAUUUUGGAAUUAAA